CAUUUCCAGCCUCCCCUCCCGAAAGGGUGUGUGUUCUGAAGGUUGUUGGAUAUUUAACCAUCAUCACGGAUCUUGACAAUACUUCGCCGGUGGGCAAUAAGCUGAUAGCAUGACAUACUUAAGCCACGUAAGCCUAAGGACACAGGAGUAGGACCCGCCUGGGAAGUACACAGCAGAAGCUUUCGAGUUCUACGGCAAGCCUAAAUCCCCAUUCUUGAGUUCAGGGGGACGUUUCAUCUUGUGGGACAGCAUACAUUAACAUCGCGUCGAAAGAGCUCUUCACCGGCACCCUGCAAGUCUCCUGAUAAAUGCUUACCUACCUGCAGCUUCCAAAAGGCUUUAUCCUUUCCAGAAGAUCUUUCAAAGUUGACAGCGCAGUUGCUACUUAUCAAUGAGCUGCUACAGUGGAAAGGAAUGUGCGUCGUAUUGCUUGUCAGACUGACUAGCAACUGUGAGUGAUGACAGCGCUGAAAAGACAGGAUACUAAACCAGUCUGUAGGCUGGCGGAUACUCAGUCAUAUUUUAGACCUACCAUUUGAAGUGCUGAAGAUGUCCAAUAACAUGUCCAAUUAGCCUAGUCUUUGGUCCGAGUCUUUUACACAUUUCCUGCUUUGAAAACCAACCAGCCUACCUGGGAAGGGUGUGCUUCUCUCAUCUCGAUUUCAACAGGCUCGGAAGUAAAUGAGGGGACGAUGAGGAUACUAUAGUAUACAAGAGAGGGGAAAACCGCACACCCCGUUGGAUCGUUAUGAGACAAUUUUUUGAAUUUGAAACGUCACAAAUUUCUCUGAUCCACAAACACAUUUUUCGCUUUAGGUAGACGAGCGAUAUUCAUUUACAGAAGUUUUUUCAACAUGCCUCGUCGACACCUGGCACGUUCAGCCGGCUGCUGUAAAAGUUUUGUGGGAAGAAGACUGGUUACAGUAACAUUGGUGGUGUUCUUGGUGGGUACAGUGUUGCCGCUCGGGGCAGCCAGCUCUCCCGAGAUCACCACACGGGAUGUGAACGGAGACCAUAACCAAGAAACCCCCGAAAACAAGCAUAACGAACAUGACAGUCACAACACGUCUCAAAAGGCCUUCCCCGUUCUGUCCGUGGAUUUCGACCGUAUAGGGCAACCGUUUGAGAUAUCGCUAUGGGUACUGCUGGCUUCCUUGAUGAAGUUGGGGUUCCACAUGACCCCGCGUGUCUCCUCUAUCGUGCCCGAGAGCUGCCUGCUGAUCGUGGUGGGGUUGCUGGUGGGAGGGCUCAUCCAGUUGGUGGGCCAGAAGCCACCUCCGUUGGGGCCCGACCUGUUCUUCCUGUGCCUGCUGCCACCAAUCAUCCUGGACGCCGGCUACUUCUUGCCCAUCCGCCCCUUCACCGAGAAUGUGGGCACCAUUCUGAUCUUCGCUGUGGUGGGCACCCUCUGGAACAUCUUCUUCGUGGGUGGCUUGCUGUAUGGCAUAUGCCAGCUGGAGGGCAUGCACCUGGGCCAGGUGGACCUGAUAACGUGCCUGCUGUUCGGGUCGAUCAUCUCGGCCGUGGACCCGGUGGCCGUGUUGGCCGUGUUUGAGGAGAUCCACAUCAAUGAGCUGCUGCACAUCCUCGUGUUCGGGGAGUCGCUGCUUAACGACGCUGUCACCGUGGUGCUGUACCAUCUCUUUGAGGAGUAUGCCGGCGUUGGGCAUGUGACGCCGCUCGACGUCGUGCUGGGCAUCGUGUGCUUCCUGGUGGUGUCGCUGGGGGGCAUUCUGGUGGGCGCCAUCUACGGCAUCCUGGCGGCGUUCACCUCACGCUUUACCUCGCACACGCGCGUCAUCGAGCCCCUCUUCGUCUUCCUCUACAGCUACAUGGCCUACCUGUCCGCCGAGGUCUUCCACCUCUCCGGCAUCAUGGCUCUGAUUGCCUGCGGAGUCGUCAUGCGUCCCUAUGUGGAGGCCAACAUAUCCCACAAGUCCCACACUACCAUCAAGUAUUUCCUGAAGAUGUGGAGCAGCGUGAGCGAGACGCUCAUCUUCAUCUUCCUGGGUGUGUCCACGGUCGCCGGGAACCACUCCUGGAACUGGACCUUCGUCACAUCCACGGUCAUCCUCUGUCUGGUUUCUAGGGUUCUCGGGGUGGUUGGCCUGACCUUCAUCAUCAACAAAUUCCGUAUUGUUAAACUCACCACCAAGGACCAGUUUAUUAUUGCCUACGGUGGCCUGCGAGGGGCAAUUGCCUUCUCUCUGUGUUACCUGCUGGACCCUGUUCACUUUCCUAAGAGAGACAUGUUCCUGACAGCGGUCAUCACAGAAAUCUUCUUCACUGUUUUUGUGCAGGGCAUGACGAUUCGGCCCCUAGUGGAUCUGCUGGCUGUGAAGAAGAAGCAGGAGACCAAGCGCUCAAUCAACGAAGAGAUCCACACACAGUUUCUGGACCACCUCCUAACUGGCAUUGAGGAUAUCUGUGGGCAUUAUGGCCACCAUCACUGGAAGGACAAGAUGAACCGCUUCAACAAGAAGUACGUGAAGAAGUGCCUGAUUGCGGGCGAGCGCUCCAAGGAGCCACAGCUCAUCGCCUUCUACCACAAGAUGGAGAUGAAGCACGCCAUUGAGCUGGUGGAGAGCGGCGGCGGUGGCGGUGGCCAUGCCAACGUCAAGAUGCCCUCUGCCAUGCCUUCCACGGUCUCCAUGCAGAACAUCCAGCCCAAGAAGCAGCCAGAGAGGGUCCUGCCCCAGCUGCCCAAAGGCCGUGAGGAGGAGAUCCGGAAGAUUCUGCGCUCCAACCUCCAGAAGACACGGCAAAGGCUUCAGUCCUACAACAGACACACGCUGGUGGUCGACCCCUACGAGGACGGCUGGAACGAAAUCCUCAUUAAGAGGAAGAAGGUGAUUGAGCUGGAGAAGAAGAUCAACCAGAUGAGCAAUUACCUCACAGUGCCCGCUCCGCCCCCUGAUUCUCCCACCAUGUCCAGGGCCCGACUGUCAUCUGACCCCCAGGCAUGGAGUGUCAAGCACGACUCCGACGGCGUUCCCUCCAUCCAGGUGGACCUGGCCUCCCCUCAGUCUCCCCCCGACUCCGUCUGCAUCGUGGAUGAUUUGGCCAAGUCCUCCGCUCUGUCCGCCGGCACCCGUGAGGAAGACGGGGGCCUGAUGAUGAAGCCGCCGUCCUCCCUCGCCGUCACCGCGCCGAAGAAGGAUGAGAAGGGAGGAGAGCAGCAGGAGGAGGGGAAAGAACAGCAGCGUCUGAUACGUUGCCUUAGCGACCCGGGCCCUAGUGCCGACGAGGAGGAGGAUGAACCUUUCUUACCCUGAGAAUGAGAAUUUUUGGGGGGUGGGUGGGUAGGUGGAGGAGGAUUUUUAUAAGACCGUUAGGGGCAGAUGUACUAGACGUUAGUGCCCGUUUUAGAUGUAAUGUCGCCAUAAUUUGCACCUAAAAACAUGUACGAACACACCGCACAUGGCUAAAACCGCAUUCUCCCUGCUGCAGGAGCGCGAAAUGAUAAGUUGCCCAUUGCAUCAUGGUAAGGUCGUGGGAAAAGUGGGAGAUUCAGGCAAAAUUAUGGUAGAGUAGAAUUACUAGCCUGUAUUAUCUCUCUAUUUGGUGACACUAUGUUAGCAUGCAUAUCUUUUUUCUGAUCGUUAAAUUUGUGCUUUCUUUUCUGUUGGGCGGUGGUUCCAUGAUCUCUCUCAGUUGCAUUUCCAUUCAAAUGCGGCCACAAUUGAAGCAUUCCUCUAAUUUUAGGCGCUGCGAAUUAUGAUUAGAGUAAGGCGACACACAUUGAUUAUGGGAUCAGCCGCAGGUUACGUACAUUCAACGUAAAAUCUAAAGACACAGCGCACGCUUUCUGCGAACGCCCCCUAGAGUACGUACAUCUGCCCCUCAGUCUCUAAAACUUGACUACAAGCCAAAUCUCAAACUUUAAGAGGAAAGACACCUAAGAACCUAAACCAAUGAAAGAGUGAUGUUCAGGGAGGGGGAAGGAAAGAUCAAAAAUAGCGAUUUCUUUUUUAGCAUUGCCAUUUUUCUUGUUUAAUUUUCCUUUUUUACAUUGGAGGAAAAUGGAUGCUGCUAUUUCGGCAAUCUUGUUGAUUUUUUGAUGUUGGUUGACAAACCCCAGAAUUAAGAGGGGAACAAAACUAUGCAUUACCAAAGGUUCAGACUGUUUUGAUCUCAGACUAAUGUGCUCUAUGGUCAGUCUCCUAUGGUCUGCUCCCAAUGUUUCACAUUUGUGUUUUUUUUUGCCUUUCUUUCCACACUGAGGACAAUGGAGAAGGCAAAUCGCUUCACCAAGUGCUUUCUAUCAGUUAGGUAAAAUUCUUAUUUUCUCCCUUUUUAUUGAGGAGUCCUCUGGAGCAAUAUGAAAGUGGUUCAACUUUUUUUUGUACCUCAUUUACCUCAUUGCUGGUGUGUAGCAUACAGGUCAGUGGGAAGACUUGAGGUGUUUUGAGGUAAAGAUUCAUCUCUGUUGCUUCAAUGCGGCAGACACACACACUUGUGCAUGUACACACACACACACACACACAGGGUUAUGGAGACCAGUGGCUUGUGUGAUUAGUGUGAUGUUUAGUAUAGUAGGCCUAUCAGCUUCAUCAGUGUCAUCAGUGUGUACGGCAUUCUCUGUUCAUAGCUGGCUGAUCUGCUGAGUGGGAAAGACAUGGUUGUGUGCACCAUUUGAUUUUCCUCUUUAGUUUGCUAACAGAUAUAAGUAAUGUUGCACCAAGAGAUUACCAUAUCCAAAUUCAAACUUUGCACGUCAUUUCUUAUCAUACCAAAAAUGUUCUGUUUUUUUUUUUGGCUUUGGCUCUUUUGGGAACGUUUUUUUUCUUUGUGCCUUUAUUAUUCACAGUUGAUAUGGGGUUGAUUGUUGUUGCUUAUUUGAUGCUUAAUGCUUCAUAAUCACUGAUGACAUCACCGUUGCAUCUUUGUGUGUUUGUCUCGUCCGGCUGGCAUACUGUUCAACGGUAUUUCGUCUGGCCAGUCAUUGAUGAACAUCAUCGUCAGCCUCUAUCGUUCCUGCUUGAGCUCACGCAUGUGGUUCAGCAACCUGCUGUUGCAACAAGUGCCAUUUUUCAAGCGUGCCACUCACAAACGUUUUUUUUUUACUUUUGUCAUUACUUCCAAUCUCUCGCACCCUCUUCAGCUUUUGUCUGUCUUAAUCGCCUUGCUGUUCUUCAUGCUGAUUGUUCACUCUCGUUACUUGAGCAGCUCCUGCUUUAUAUUGAAUUGCAUUUGGGAC